GCCGAAUAACCUCAUUUCCGCGUAUCUAGCUCCUAUUGUGACAGCUGUCACAGAAAGAGUUAUGGUGGUGUGAGCCAGUCGUGUGUAUAAACAAUCUUCUCGUCAUUCAUUCCGAAGCAGCUUUGACUUUGCCUCUCGCCUCGACUCAUUGUAUUUUCGACGUCUCGAACGACAACAUAUACCGUAAAGGAUGACAAUGGGCGAUGAGAUUCCAGUUACAUCACUGGUUCUUCCUGUAAUAUUAAGACCGAUAUUAACCAAGCUGGAAAGACAAAAUGUCAUGGCAGCGCAAACUCUGCGUGCAGCUCUCUCAAAAGCAGAGAGCUCUCAUCCUGGGAUUACCCAUGAUUUAAUCAUGGGUAUAAUACGUAGAGCAGAACUCAAUCUUGAUAUGAACGAGAGUGUGUUACGAUUGCAAGGUGCUGCUUCUGACUAUGAUGUUGUGGAAUACCGUUCAGCACGUUCGGAAGAUGCAUUUCAAGAAUUGAAUCGAAAAUCUACUUCUUUGAAAAGAAUACUUAGCAGAAUUCCUGAUGAGAUCACAGACAGGAAAACUUUUCUUGAGACAAUCAAAGAAAUUGCAAGCGCAAUAAAGAAACUUUUAGAUGCUGUGAAUGAAGUUACUGGAUUUAUACCUGGCUCAGCUGGUAAACAAGCAUUAGAUCAACGCAAAAGAGAAUUUGUAAAAUAUAGUAAAAGGUUCAGCAAUACAUUGAAGGAAUAUUUCAAAGAAGGACAAGCAAACGCAGUAUUUGUGAGCGCGCUGUAUCUGAUACACCAAACAAAUAUGAUUAUGCUUACAGUAAAGGACAAAUGUGAGUAAAUUUCAAUUCUGUAAUGAAUUUCCUGAGUUGUAUGUGAUAAUAUCACAAGAGUCAGAUAAUUCAUAGAUAUUACAACCUGCUAAUCUUGCAUAUUCAAUUAUACAAACAAUAGAACCUAAAAAUCUGAUAUAGAGGAUUCAACAUCAUUAUGUUUCCAUGUUAACUGAUUGCAUUAUAGUUUUUGUUACAUAUAUAUAUAUAAAAUAAAAAUGUUGGUAUAUUAUUCCAAAUUAUUUAUACUUUUAUUUUGUGCCAACUCAAAUGUCAUAUUAGUCGUCAAUUCUCAUUGUAAUGGUCAAUAAUAGUAUAUACAAUGAAAUGUUCAGAUAUGAGAAUGACUUUAUUGUUGUUAUAUGAAAAUAAUGUCAUAUAGAUAUAUAUAUAUAUGCUCCUUUUUAGCUUCUUAUAACUCUAAAGAGUAUAAAAUAUAAAUGAAACAUACUCAGAUUUUGGGAUACUAUAAUAAUUAAAUUGCAUUUAUUAUAACAGUACACAUAUUCGAGUAUUAAGCAAUAUUUGCAAAAAUAUUUGCAAAUUGGCAAAUUCUCAUCAUUGAAACACUUGCAAGAUCAUUGUCAUUUAUACUCUUUAAAGCAAAAUAAGGGCAACAAUGGAGAAUGUAGAGGGAUUAUUUC